GUCAUACGUGCAGCUUCAGCUGACAGCUCUUUGCGGUUUGGUGCCGCUUCCUCUGCCUCCAGAAGCGCGAGAGGCAAAUUCUGUGAUCUAUGCCAGCAGUCAUCUCAAAGAGCAUGCUGGACCCAUGCUACUCCUUGUUUGCGGUUCUGCGCCUGGUGGCGCUGCAGGGGUCUGGGGGCGCAGUCUUUGCAUCAACUCAAGUCUCCAUGAAGGUGCUAUGUUUGAUUAUAUUACCCGAGCAGAGGAACUCGGUUGGGCAGUUUUGGUGGCUAACCCGAACAUCAACGAGUUCAACGGUGUUCCAGUCAGUGGAUCGGAGAGCCCUCACCGGCAUCUCCAAACCCUCUGGAGCUCAUAUGUCUCACCUGCGCAGGCAUCCUGCGUGCUGGUGGUAGCACACUCAUACGGAGCACCUUCCAUGGUACACCUCCUCAAGGUGGAGCCAGAGGCCAGAGAACGAAUUUCCGCGCUCGUCUUUACAGAUGGCGGUGCAUUCCCACCCGGUACCCUUCUCAUGGAGGCAAUUCCAAGUGAGACUGAUCCUAAGAUGGAUGCCUUGAGAAAGGAGCUACUGCGAUUUGAGCAACUUGCACCAGAAGCAUUCAAGCUAGCGUCAUCAACUGUCCGAACCUGUUUGCACGCGAUAGCUCGGAACUUCAAAGCCUCGGACGAGCCUGCGGGAACGCCUCUUGCAGUUGAUUGUGACGGGAUUGUUGCAGUAAGUGCUGGACAUCGAAGCCAUCCGUCUACAACCCACUCUGCUACUGAGCCGGUCUUUGCCUAUCUGCAGCUGGGCGUCGAGGGAACCGUCAAAGCUGCAAACGACGAGCUCCGAGCUGCCUUGUCCAAGCGCUAA